AUGGGUGCGUCAUCUGCGCUCACAUGCUCUGUCAAGGAAGCUGGCUUCCGUGAGGUCGACACCCUACGGGACGAGCAUGACAAGGAUAAUUUCUGUUACUCGGCCGGGCCGGCGCUUCUGAGUGGCGCGUCGCAGGCGAUCCUCUUCAACCCGAUCGACCGCGCCCUCUACGUGCGGGUCAAGUUUCGGCGGGAGCGCUUUCUCGAUAAGCGGAAUUUCGAGCGCCCCUUUCAAGGGUUCAUGAACGCUGUGGUGUAUCGCACACUGGUGGGGGCAUCCUACAUUUUCUGGCAGGACAGCAUGCGGAUUGCAAUCGACCGCCUUGGCCCAGCCGUGUGUCAGUGGGACAGGUCGCCGCAGCUGAACUCGAUGCUGAUCGGGCUCGCAGCCGGCUCCAUCAACGGGUUCAGCCUCAACGCGCUACAGGCCGUCAAGUUUCGAAUGUGGAACACAAACGAGCGCGGCGUCACAUUUCUGCGCACGGCCCUCCACAUGUACGCCGAGGGCGGGUGCUUGAUUUUCUUCCGCGGCUGCUUCACCACAAUGGUACGGGACAGCGUCUUUGGCGUCGUUUACGAGACAGCGCGGCGCGCCUCUGCCUGGAGGCGCUUCUUCGAUGAGCAAGUCGGUGUUCUGUACGCCAUUUUCAGAAGGCCGUCGUCGGCAUCGUCAUCGCCACAGCUGCUAGUGGGGGCGAGCGCGUGUGCUACCAAGGCCGGCAGCCGAUCUAGCGCCGAUGGUGCCGCAUCGGCACUGGAAACGCCCACAUCCGACGAUGUGAAAGCGAAUGAAGCGGUGAGCGUUGGACACGGUGCAGUGCUGGCGGACCCCGCACUAGAGUGCGGUGCGUCCGCGUUCAUCUCAAACCUGGUGGCGGCAGUUCUUGCCUCUAUUCUGAGCUCGCCUUUCAACUAUGUCCGCUCCAUUGUGUAUGGUACGCCAGCUGGUGCCAUCCCACUCGGCUACAUCCCGCUGCUCAAGUCCUUCUACACGCAGUUCUAUUACACAUAUAGACAUGGAAAGAGCUACACCGAUCGGCAUGGCGUACCGGAGCUGAGCGAGACGGAGCACCCAUUCUCCGCAUCGGCCUCUUCCAGCUCUACGGCUUCGGCUGCAGAGCGCCGUUGGAGGCACGGCGGCAGCGCAGUCACAGACGCCGAAGUGGCGGACGGCGUUCACCGAACCGCACGCUUAUCGAACUCGCCGGCGUCGCGCCUUGCCGCGCGGCUGCGAGCAUGGGCUGAGCCGCAUCACCACCACCCAAAGGCGGCCUGGACAUGGGCUAACAGUCGACUCAACAUUGGCUGGGGGUCCCUUCGUGUCGGAUUCGGGAUGGCGAUGGGGCAGAGCCUCUUCUACCUUGCCCAAAACUACGUCCGCAAAGACGCUCGAUAA